GGCCAACAAUCCGAAGUUCGGCCCGAGUGACAAACUGCCCGCCAAUCAAGGAUUUCCACGGAAUGUUCGGCGGGUCUUCCAUGGGACGUUCGGUGCAGAUUUGGUGCAGAUUUGCCUCCCACGGGGCAACAUCGGCCCUGCGGAGAAUGGGGGAUACCGAAACUUAAUUUGGCAGGCUGGCAGGAUUUCUGUUAUUAAUUGAAUACCCCAGUCCCCCCGUUCUUUUCUCUCUUCACGACUCCUCUUUCUCCUUCUUCUCCUCGUUUUCUAUUUCGUUUCUAGUUUCUGGGUCUUCUUAUAGGUGGAGAGUAACGACCUUCCACAAAGACUGUGAGCUCGAAUCCUCAACGACCGGCUCAGCAUUAACAUUAUUUCAUCAUUUGUUUGAUUCGCUGUUGCCAUUGAUCCGAGUAUCAUCAUGUCAAACAUGGAGACCGUCACACCCCAGCCUCCGGCCUAUCAGAAUGACAAGAUUGGCGAGCAGAAGCACUCGGCCAACUUCGAAGAGGAGGGUGGCCUUAAGCACGGCGAGGUGGCCGAUGCCUUUGGUAACGAAGAAUAUGCCGAGAUCAAGUACAAGACUCUGAAGUGGUGGCAAUGUGGUCUGCUCAUGAUUUGCGAGUCUGUCUCGCUGGGUGUUCUGUCAUUGCCCUCUGCUGUGGCUACGCUGGGCCUUGUGCCUGGUGUGAUUCUUAUCAUUGGCCUAGGUCUACUGGCCACUUAUACUGGAUAUAACAUUGGCCUGAUGCGUGAGCGUUACCCGCACAUCCAGAAUCUGGGUGAUGCCGGUGAAAUUCUGCUUGGCCGCUUCGGCCGUGAGCUCUUCGGAACCGGUCAAUUCCUCUUCUGCAUCUUCGUCAUGGGCAGUCACAUCUUGACCUUCCGCGUCAUGAUGAACACCAUCACCGAUAACGGCACUUGCUCCAUCGUUUUCAGUCUGGUCGGCAUGCUUAUCUCCCUCGUCCUGUCCGCCCCUCGCACCAUGCGUGGCAUGACCUGGAUCUCCUUCGCCUCCUUCCUUUCCAUCUUCAGCGCCGUCAUGAUCACCAUGAUCGCCGUCGGUGUGGAGGAGCACCCGGGCCGCGUCAUCGAAGCUACCGUCGAGACCAACCUGUACACCGCAUUCCAGGCCGUCUCCAACAUCGUCUUCGCCUACUGCGCCCACGUCGCCUUCUUCGGUCUGAUCGCCGAGAUGGAGACCCCCAAGGACUUCAAGAAGUCCCUCUUCAUGCUGCAGGGCUUCGAAAUUUGCCUGUACCUGACCGCCGCCGUCGUCAUCUACUACUACGUUGGCACGGGCGUCGAGUCUCCCGCCCUGAUCUCAGCCGGCCCUAUCAUGAAGAAGGUCGCCUUCGGUAUCGCCAUCCCUACCAUCGUCGGCGCCGGCGUCGUCAAUGGCCAUAUCGGCCUGAAGUACAUCUACUUCCGCCUCACCGCCAAGUCCGACCUCAUGCACCAGAACAACUGGAAGUCUGUCGGUCUCUGGCUCGGACUCGGCGUCUCCUGCUGGGUCGUCGCCUGGAUCAUCGCCGAGGCUAUCCCCGUCUUCAGCGACCUGAACUCCCUCAUCAGUGCCCUUUUCGCUUCCUGGUUCAGCUACGGUCUGUCCGGUGUGUACUGGCUGCACCUGAACGCCGGCCAGUGGUUCGCCUCUCCGCGCAAGAUUGCCUUGACCAUUCUGAACAUGGCCAUUGUCCUGUUCGGUCUUGCGCUGUGCGUGCUGGGUCUGUAUGCCUCUGGCACGGCUAUUCACGAUGACACCGGCAGCGCUAGCUUUAGCUGCUCCGCUUCUUAAGAAGAAGCGAGUGUUUUAUGUUUGCAUGUAUAAAUUUUUUUAACACGCGUUUUUUUAUGCACGAUUUGCAUGUUUGCAUAUAAACAGCUUGGGUUUGUUUUGCAUGGCAUGCGUUUCUAUGGAGUAGAGGCUAGACAUACAAUUUCACAUUACUGGUUAAUGAAUCUUUCUUCUGGAACUGUCUUCAAACACAAAUAAAUUGGUC